GCGACAACCGAACCUCCCGCCGCCGUCGCCGCCGCCGCGAGCACUGCCUGCGCACUUCCGGCCUUGCGCUGCAAGCACUUCCGGGGCAGAGCACGCGAGCGCGCGCGCACGUGGGGCCGCGGCAGAGAGUGGGGAGCCCCCAUCCGUAGGAAUGGGUGAAUUUAAGGUCCAUCGAGUACGUUUCUUUAAUUAUGUUCCAUCAGGGAUCCGCUGCGUGGCUUACAAUAACCAGUCAAACAGAUUGGCUGUUUCUCGAACAGAUGGCACUGUGGAAAUUUAUAACUUGUCAGCAAACUACUUUCAGGAGAAAUUUUUUCCAGGUCAUGAGUCUCGGGCUACAGAAGCUCUGUGUUGGGCAAAAGGACAGCGACUCUUUAGUGCUGGACUCAAUGGAGAAAUUAUCGAGUAUGAUUUACAGGCAUUAAACAUCAAGUAUGCUGUGGAUGCCUUUGGAGGACCCAUUUGGAGUAUGGCUGUCAGUCCCCAUGGUUCUCAGCUUUUGGUUGGCUGUGAAGACGGAUCUGUGAAGCUAUUUCAAAUCACCCCAGAAAAAAUCCAGUUUGAAAGAAAUUUUGAUCGGCAGAAAAGUCGCAUCCUGAGUCUCAGCUGGCAUCCCUCUGGCACCCACGUUGCAGCUGGCUCCAUAGACUACAUUAGUGUGUUUGAUGUCAAAUCAGGGAGCGCUGUUCAUAAGAUGCUGGUGGAUAGGCAGUAUAUGGGUGUGUCUAAACGGAAGUGUAUCAUAUGGGGUGUGGCCUUCUUGUCUGACGGCACUGUCAUAAGUGUGGAUUCUGCUGGGAAGGUGCAGUUCUGGGACUCAGCUACUGGGACACUAGUGAAGAACCAUCUCAUUGCAAAUGCUGAUGUGCAGUCCAUUGCGGUAUCUGAUCAAGAAGACAGUUUCGUGGUGGGCACAGCCGAGGGGACAGUAUUCCAUUUUCAGCUGGUCUCUGUGACUUCCAACAGCAGUGAGAAGCAGUGGGUGCGGACAAAGCCAUUCCAGCAUCAUACACAUGACGUUCGAGCCGUGGCCCACAGCCCGACAGCACUCAUAUCUGGAGGCACUGACACCCAUUUAGUCAUUCGUCCUCUCAUGGAGAAGGUGGAGGUUAAGAAUUAUGAUGCUGCUCUCCGAAAAAUCACUUUUCCCCAUCGACGUCUCAUUUCCUGUUCAAAAAAGAGGCAGCUUCUCCUUUUCCAGUUUGCUCAUCACUUGGAGCUUUGGCGACUGGGAUCUACAGUUGCAACAGGAAAGAAUGGGGAUACCCUUCCACUUUCUAAGAAUGCAGAUCAUUUGCUGCACCUCAGGACAAAGGGUCCCGAGAACAUUAUUUGCAGCUGUAUCUCCCCUUGUGGAAGUUGGAUAGCCUAUUCUACAACUUCUCGUUUUUUUCUUUAUCGGUUGAAUUAUGAACAUGACAACAUAAGCCUCCAAAGGGUUUCCAAAAUGCCAGCGUUCCUUCGCUCUGCCCUUCAGAUUUUGUUUUCUGAAGAUUCAACAAAGCUCUUUGUGGCCUCAAAUCAAGGGUCUCUACAUGUCAUUCGACUGAUGGAAGGAAGCUUCAAGCACCUGCAUACUUUCCAGCCUCAGUCAGGGACAGUGGAGUCCAUGUGUCUUUUGGCAGUCAGUCCAGAUGGGAAUUGGCUAGCUGCAUCAGGUACCAGUGCUGGAGUCCAUGUGUACAGCAUAAAACAUCUAAAGCUUCACUGCACGGUACCUUCCUAUAAUUUCCCUGUGACUGCUCUGGCCAUCGCCCCCAAUACCAACAACCUUGUCAUUGCUCAUUCUGACCAGCAGGUAUUUGAGUACAGUAUCCCAGACAAGCAGUAUACAGAGUGGAGCCGAACCAUCCAGAAGCAGGGGUUUCAUUACCUUUGGCUCCAGAGGGAUACUCCCAUCACACACAUCAGUUUUCAUCCCAAGAGACCAAUGCACAUCCUUCUCCAUGAUGCCUACAUGUUCUGCAUCAUCGACAAGUCAUUGCCUCUUCCAAAUGACAAAACCUUACUCUACAAUCCACUUCCUCCCACGAACGAAUCAGAUGUUAUCAGGAGGCGUACGGCCCAUGCCUUUAAAAUUUCUAAGAUCUAUAAGCAUGCAACUGAUUCUCAAAGGGGCUUAUGAUCCCUUCAAUGGCCUAUUGCAUUAACCGACUCAGGAGGGAGUUGAAGCUAUGGGACCAAGGCCUAAAAACACCGUGUGCAUCAAUAAACAUGAUUUGGGGUUUAAUGGCCCGUGAAAGAAGAGGUGAAGCUGACUGCAAGACUCCCAAGUUUUAUGGUGAGGCACUGAAAAUUCUUUUGGAACUGGUAAUGAGGGAAAGGGGAUUUUUAUUUGGGGACCUUAUCUGAACUUCAUGGCAAACUGUGUGAUUUCCGUGACUGUCAAUAAAAAACACUGG